AUGGCUCCAUCCACUAAGCAAAGAAGCGCCAUCUCUGACGUUGUUACCCGUGAAUACACCAUCCACCUCCACAAGCGGGUCUUUGGUCUUCAGUUCAAGAAGCGUGCUCCCCGUGCUGUCAAGGCCAUCAAGGAGUUCGCCAAGAGACACAUGGGUACUACUGAUGUUCGUGUCGAUCCUGUCCUGAACAAGAAGCUUUGGGAGCGUGGCAUUAGAGGUGUUCCCCACAGACUCAGACUCCGUAUCUCUAGAAAGAGAAACGACGAGGAGGGUGCCAAGGAGAAGCUUUUCUCUUACGUCCAGGCUGUCGAUGUUCCCUCUGUCAAGGGUCUUCAGACUGAGGUUGUUUCUGAGGACAACUAA